UACUGGAUAGUGUUCUUCUUCUUAUGUUUGAAAAUAUCUUCUCCUCUCUCUACCGUUUCCUCUUCCUUGUCUUCAAUAUUAUCAUCUGAAAACUAAGAUUAAAUUACCACCAAACAACACCACUAGACUUAGGUAUCUAAUAGUGGUAAUUAUUAUUCCAUCCUCUAAAAUAUAGGAACAUAAAUAAGAUUAAGAAUGGAAACAACAAGCAUAUCUAUUGCAGUUUCAUUGGGUUGUGCAGUAUUGUUGAGUGUGUUAUGGAGUGUAUUAAACUGGGUGUGGUUGAAGCCUAAGAGAUUAGAGAUAUACCUUAGGAAGCAAGGCUUCCAAGGUAAUCCUUAUAGGCUAUUGCAUGGAGAUACCAAAGACAGAGCUAGAAUGAUGUUGGAGGCCAGAACUAAACCUAUGCCAUGUCUGUCAAAUCAUUAUCUUGCACGUGUUCUCCCUUUCUUCUCUCAAACUAUAGCAAAAUACGGUACAAGAUGCUUCGUAUGGAAUGGACCAAUACCGCUGGUAUACAUUUCAGAACCAGCGAUGAUAAGGGAAGUAUUGAUGAAAAUAAACCAAUUUCAGAAGCCAAAGACGAACCCAAUUUUGAAGAAGGUGGCCUCUGGCUUGAUUCUUUUAGAGGGUCAAGUUUGGGCCAACCGAAGGAAGCUUCUUAACCCAGCUUUCCACAUGGACAAGUUAAAGUUUAUGAUUCCCGCUCUAUGGGAAAGCUCUGAUGCUAUGGUGAAAGAGUGGGAAGUAAUGGUAUCAAAGACAGGCUCAUGUGAAAUAGAAGUGUGGUCUUGUUUGCACAAGCUAUCUGCAGAUCUCAUUUCUAGAGCUGCAUUUGGAAGUUCUUAUGAAGAAGGGAAGAGGAUAUUUGAACUCCUCACAGAGCAAAUUAAGAUUGCAGUGCCAGUUUUGGACUCAGUUUAUAUCCCAGGAUGGAGCUUGAUCCCAAACAAGGCAAAUAGGAGGAUAGCGGAGAUUGACAGGGAAAUUCGCACUUUGCUAGGAGGUGUUAUUGACAAGAGGAAGAAACUAAUAAAUGCAGGAGAAAAGCCUAAGGAUGACUUACUGGGUUUACUAUUGGAGUCAAGUUUCAAUGAAAUUCAACAUGGAAAUAACAAGCGAGGCAUGAAGUUGAAUAUAGAAGAUGUAGUGAAUGAGUGUAAGUUAUUCUACUUAGGAGGACAAGAUACGACUUCUACAUUGCUCGUAUGGACACUAAUUCUUUUGGGAAAGCACCAAAAUUGGCAAGCACGAGCUCGAGAAGAGGUCUUGAACACGUUUGGAAAUCGCAUUCCUGAUUUUCAUGGAUUGAAUCAUCUAAAAAUUGUUAACAUGAUACUUCAAGAGGUCCUUAGAUUAUAUCCUCCAGCUGUGGAAUUAAAUCGCGUAGUAAGUGAAGAUAUGACAAUCGGAGAUGUGUUUUUACCAGCAGGUGUGUUAGUUAAUCUUCCAAUACUCCUCAUCCAACAAGAUGAAAAGUUAUGGGGUGAAGAUGCUAAAGAAUUUAAUCCUGAAAGAUUUAAUGAAGGUAUCAGCAAAGCAACUAAAGGGAACAUGUCAUUUUUCUCAUUUGGUUGGGGACCAAGAAUAUGCAUUGGAUCAAAUUUUGCCAUGACUGAAGCUAAAAUGACAUUAGCCUUGAUUCUACAACGAUUCGUCUUUGAGUUGUCUCCAUCAUAUGCUCAUGCUCCAUCUGGUACUGGAACUCUUCGACCUCAAUUCGGUGCUCAAAUUAUACUUAAGAGACUAUAGAGCAAAGGUUUAAUAUGCAUAAUUUUAGUGUAGUAAUUAGUAAAAUAAGAUUAUAAAUCAUAUGAUGUGACACAACAUAAUAUCAUAGUUAAUUACAAUAAAUAUAUUAUAACUGUUUGAUUUCGGUUCUCUUUA